GAUCAACAUCCGCCCUCUUGUUACUAAAUGACCAAAACUCCAAAACUCACACUAGCGCAUAAAAAUCUGCAUAUUUCAAAAAAUGCAAGCACCAAAUUAAUAGAAUGAAGCUUGAAUACUUGGUCUACUUGUCCCUCUUCAUCUUGCUGCUACUCAAACUCAGAAAAUCAUCGAAACAAAACAAGAAUAUUCUCUUCCCCCUCCCUCCAGGGCCAUGGAAGCUUCCAUUGAUAGGAGACAUGCACCUUCUCUUUGGCUCUCUCCCACACAUUGCUCUCAGAGAUCUCUCCACCAAAUAUGGACCACUCAUGUAUCUCAGACUAGGCCAAGUCCCCACCAUCAUCGUCUCCUCCUCCGACGCCGCCAAGCAAGUCAUGAAAACGCACGACCUCACCUUCGCCUCCCGCCCCCAGCUGCUGGCCCUCAAGAUCAUGUCGUACGACUGCACGGACGUGGCGUUCGCCCCAUACGGCGACUACUGGAGGCAGCUCCGCAAGAUCUGCACGCUCGAGCUCCUGAGCGCCAAGCGCGUCCAGUCGUUCCAGUCGCUGAGGCAGGAAGAGAUUCUGAUACUCACCCGAUCAAUAGCUUCUCGCGCUGGAUCACCGGUUAACCUGACGGCCGAAACUUACGCCUCCGCCUACGGCUUCACUUCGAGGGCGGCGUUUGGCAUGAAGAACACCAAGGGGCAAGAAGCGUUUGUUUCGUUAGUUCAACAAGGCAUCGAAAUGGCGUCUGGUUUUGAUCUUGCUGAUGUGUAUCCUAAUGUUAGAUUGCUUCAAGCGAUGAGCCCAACCAGGUGGAGAUUGACGAAGCUGCAUCGCCAGGUGGACAAGAUUCUUGAAAACAUCAUUAAUCAGCACAAAUUAGACAAAACUGCAGAAACUGUCAACUCUAGCACAAGACAAGACGACCUAGUUGAUGUUCUGCUGAGGUUUCAAGAGAGUGGACAUGAACUUCCCCUUACCACUGACAACAUCAAGGCUGUUAUCCUCGAUGUUUUCAGCGCAGGAAGUGAGACGUCAGCAGCAACGGUGGCUUGGGCAAUGACGGAGAUGAUGAGACACACACGAGUCCUAAAACGCGUGCAGGGCGAAGUGAGACGUGUUUUCAAGGACAAGGGAUGUGUGGACGAAGCUCGCUUCGACCAACUCAAGUAUCUCAAGUGUGUGAUAAAGGAGACACUAAGGCUACAUCCGCCACUGCCCCUGUUACUCCCCAGAGAGUGCAGCCAGGUCUGCAGCAUCAACGGAUACCAAAUCCCCUUAAAAGCUAGAAUCAUGGUGAACGCGUGGGCAAUCGGGAGGGAUCCCAAGCAGUGGGACGAUGCUGAAAGCUUCGUCCCAGAGAGGUUCCUUGAUGCUUUAAUCGACUUCAAAGGCAACAACUUCGAGUUCGUUCCAUUUGGCGCGGGUAGAAGGAUAUGCCCUGGGAUUACAUUUGGUCUCGCCAAUGUGGAGCUUCAAUUGGCAAUGUUUCUCUAUCAUUUCGACUGGAGUCUGCCCGAUGGCAUCGAACCACAUCAACUAGCCAUGACAGAGACAUUUGGGGCAACAGUUAGAAGAAAAGAUGACUUGCUAGCCGUUCCUACUAUCAAGAUACCCCUCCCAUUCCUCUAGGGGCGGAUAUCCCAACACCCGUGAUCAUUUCAUCAUUUAACCUAGUUUUGCUUGAUUCAUUAUUUAAGCUAGUUUUACUUGAUUCAUAUGUCAUUGAAAGGGUGAGAUUGGAGAAACCAUACUCUUAUAUCAUGCAAACUAAACGCCCCUAAAUCUAUUUCACGUUUCACAAAAACUUCAACAAUCCAAAUCCAAAACAGAGCAUAUUUGGAAUCUUUCCCAUUGAUCACAACAAAAGUUACAGGACAACAAAAGCAGUCAAUAAACUUGAAGAAUUGCAUCUAUGCAAAUAGGAAAACUUAGGCUCUCUCUUAUAAGCAUACACAAACACUAAGUAUACAUACAUACACAGAGACGUAAUAAUCUAAAUAACAUAAUCCGACCAGUCAGAAAUGUGUGACGUCUGAUCCAUGGUGAAGCUGGGCAUCUUAUCCAACUUAAUCGGAUUCUCCUUCCCCCCAAUCAACCUGGCCGGAUUCCCAACGGCAGUGGUCCUGGCCGGAACCUGCUUGAGCACGACGGAGCCGGCGCCAAUCUUGGCCCCUUCCUCAAUCCUCACAUUGCCAAGAACACAAGUCCCUGCACCAAUCAGCACCCCAUCACCGAUCUUCGGGUGCCGGUCGCCAGAGACCUUCCCGGUCCCACCCAACGUCACGUUAUGCAGAAUCGACACAUUAUCUCCGAUCACUGCGGUUUCGCCGAUCACUACGCCGGUGGCGUGAUCCAGCAAGAUC